AUGGAUGACAAACUUCGAAGCGGAGAGGAAAUUUCACCGGCACUUGUCAAAGCCAUUGAAGAGUCAAAGAUUUCGAUCAUUGUACUCACUAAAAACUACGUAUCAUCCCAAUGGUGCUUGGACGAGCUGAUGAAGAUCCUCGAGAGCAGAAAGACAAGGGAGAUACUAGUUCUACCACUGUUCUAUGACGUAAAUCCUUUGGAAGUAAGGCAUCAAACUAAUAGGGUUAGAGACGCAUUCACUGAACUUUCAAAAUGGUUCAACGAUGAUGAAAUAAAGGUGGUGGGGUGGAAAAGAGCCCAAAAAGAAGUGGCCAAUCUAUCCGGGAUGUAUUUGGGAAAUUGGAAUGAACCUGAAUUUAGUGAUGAAAUCAUCGAACGGGUGAAUUCAAAAUUAGUUAAUAAUACAUACUUUCAAGUUGCCCAAUAUCCAAUUGGAAUAAAGUCUCAUGUACAGGAUAUGAAGUCGCUUUUAGAUAUAGAGAAUAAUGACAGCACAUGCAUGAUAGGGAUCUUUGGAACUAGCAGGAUUGGUAAGACAACUCUUGCCAAAGCCAUCUACAACUCGAUUGAUUCUCAUUAUGAAGAUAGUUGUUUUCUUGAAAACAUUAGAGAAACUUCCAACAAAAAGGGCCUGAUCCAUUUGCAAAUUAAACUUAUUUCUAAAAUCCUAGGAGGUUCAAGUCAAAUGGUUGACAAUGUUGAUCAAGGAAUUACUUUGAUACAACAAAGGCUUCGCUUAAUACAGAUACUUCUAGUUCUUGAUGAUGUGGAUCAUUCAGACCAAUUAGAAAAGAUAGUUGGAAAAGGCAAUUGGUUUGGUUUAAGAAGUAGAAUCAUCAUAACAACAAGAGAUAGGCAUUUACUAACUAAACAUCAAGUUUUAUCCUACGAGGUGAAGGAAUUGGGUUACUUCAAAGCUCAUAAGCUCUUUAGUUGGCAUGCCUUUAAUAGAGAUAGACCUGAUGAUGAUUAUGUGAAAGUCAUAAAUGAUGCAAUGUGUUAUGCUAGAGGAUUGCCACUUCCUUUGCAAGUGCUAGGCUCGAGUCUAAAAGGAGAGAAUGUAGAAUAUGUCACAAAAAUAGUAGAUAGCUGUGGUUUUCACUCAUAUAGUGGCAUCGAAGAGCUAAAAGAUAAAUGUCUCAUCGCUGAGUUUUCGGAUAAAUCAUUGGUGAUGCAUGAAUUGCUGCAAGAAAUGGAUAGAGAAAUUAUUCGAUAA